AAAUAGAUAUUCUGCAGUUUUUAUUGGCUUAAUAAAUAUCUAGUACUGUUGUAACCAUGUCGAAAACACUGGCAUUACCACAAAAGAAGUAUUAUAGACAACGCGCACAUUCAAAUCCCAUAGCCGAUCACUGCAUUGAAUAUCCGAUAAAACCUGAGCUAAUGGAUUGGAGCACCUUAUAUCCGCAGUAUUUUCAGAGCAACACUGAGGAAACGUUGAAAGAAGUGCAGAAACAUGUAGAUUUUGCAGACAUUGGUUGUGGCUAUGGAGGGUUACUGGUUACCUUGUCUUCAAUGUUCCCUGAUAAUCUGAUACUUGGGAUGGAGAUCAGAGUAAAAGUAUCGGAUUAUGUUAUGGAUCGUAUCGCCGCUCUACGAUCGCAAAAUCCCGGCCGAUACCAGAACAUUGCUUGCCUGAGAACAAAUGCCAUGAAGUAUCUGCCAAAUUAUUUCUACAAAGGACAGUUAAAGAAGAUGUUUUUCCUGUAUCCAGAUCCACAUUUCAAAAAGUCAAAACAUAAAUGGAGGAUAAUUAACAAGUCUCUAUUAGCUGAAUACGCUUAUGUUCUAGCCGAAGGAGCUGUUGUAUACACUGUAACGGACGUGGAAGAUCUACAUAAAUGGAUAGUUCAACAUUUUCAACAGCAUCCAUUAUUUGAAGAAGUUACCAAGCAAGAUUUGGCGGCGGAUCCUGUAGUGGAAAAGUUAUAUGAAAGCACUGAAGAAGGUAAGAAAGUUACCAGGAACAAAGGAGAUAAGUUUCUGGCCGUGUUUAGGAGGAUCGCAGAUCCUUAUAUCGCAACGAAUAGCUAACAGUAGUAAUUAUGUAUUAUUGUUUGCCUUGGCAAAGGAUAUUCUGGAUGAGGGUACGAAUUCUGGUAUCAUAGAGCGAUAUUUAUCUUGAUGUAACAAUCUUGUUUCUAAAACAGGUAGCAUAAAUAAAAUUAACUAUUUUUUUAGAAUAAAA